AUGGUUCAAGAGAAUAAUGAUGGUAGCGGGAGCAUUGAUUGGAGUGCUCAUGUUCUUGAUAAGGCGAAUCCAGCUAGUUUCCCAACCAGCAGUGGUCCAUCAGCGGGAGAAAGUUCAUCAUCUCAUUCUGGAAACAUCAAGCGUUUCCUAGAGAUGGGUUUUCCGGAUAAAUUAGUUGUUAAAGCUCUCGAGGAACAUGGAGAAGAAUCUGAGGAUUCAACCAUUGUUGAUGCAAUUCUUACAUACAUGACUCUUGAAAAUGAAGCUGCCGAAGAGAGAAAAUGUACCGAUGUUGCUGAAUGUUCAUCAGGUUACGACGAGAAUAGACUUUAUCUUUCUGAUUCAGAUGAUUGGAAUGAUUAUUGGUUCGAAGAUGAGGAAAACAUGGAACUCUUGACGGAGAAUGAUAAAAAAAAGCUUACUUUACAGAACAUGGGCUUUUCGGUUGAGGAUGCUGAAACAGCUACUGAAAAAUGUCCAGAAGCUUCGAUUGAUGAGUUAUCAGAUUUCAUUUUCGCUGUUCAAACAGCAAGAAAAGAAGAAGAAGAAGAAGAACCUGCGAAUCUACCUACCGAGGUGAGACCAAACCUGAAUGAUUCUCGCCGCGAAGUUGGGAAAAGAAAGAAACGGGCGGUGUAUCCUGAGUCCCAAGGGACGAAAAAGCGGAGGGAAAUACAAUCUCAAGAGAUUGAACGAAUUCGCAUUCCAAAACCAAUGGUAGGCUUCGGACUGCCUCGUGUACAUGAUUCCCAGCUUGUAACAAGCAGAAUCCUUCCAGAGCAAGCAAUGGGUCCCCCAUACUUCUAUUAUGAGAAUGUUGCGCAAACUCCAAAAGGCGUGUGGAAAACCAUCUCCAGUUACCUUUACAAUGUCGUGCCGGAGUUUGUCGAUUCCAAAUACUUCUCCGCUGCUGCGAGAAAGAGGGGAUACGUUCACAAUUUACCAAUCGAGGGCAGAUCUGAGCUUCUUCCAAUUCUUCCAUGCACCAUUCACGAGGCAUUUCCGUAUACCAGGGAAUGGUGGCCGUCUUGGGACCCGCGAACUCAGCUUAACUGCUUGCUGACAUCAACUCCGACUGCCGUUUUGCAAAAGGAGAUUCGUAAAACUCUUCAAGUAUAUGACGAACUCCAUGCGGAACCUCCGGAAAAAGUGAAGAAGGAGAUUCUAGGUAAAUGUAGGAGAUGGAAUUUGUUGUGGGUUGGGAAGAACCGGGUCGCCCAGUUAGAGCCUAAUGAAAUAGAGAUACUAUUGGGUUUUCCAGAAAAUCAUACAAGGGGUAUUGGAAUGAGUACGAGAAACAGAUACAAGUCACUUGGCAACUCAUUCCAGGUCAAUACGGUUGCAUAUCAUCUGUCUGUACUCAAGCGCUUGUACCCAGAAGGCAUCAAUGUCUUGUCGCUAUUCUCUGGGAUAGGUGGUGCAGAAGUUGCUCUCCACAGACUUGGUAUACCAUUGAAGAAUGUUGUUUCUGUUGAGAUAUCUGAAGACAACAGAAAAAUAAUUCAGACCUGGUGGGAGAACACACUACAGCCAGGCAAAUUGCUCCACUUUGACGAUGUUCAAAGGUUCAAUGAGAAAACAAUACAAGAGUUGAUAACCUCCCUUGGAGGUUUCGAUCUCGUCAUUGGUGGAAGUCCCUGCAAUAAUCUUGCAGGCAGAAACGUGAAUAGUAGGGAUGGAUUAGAGGGAAAGGAUUCCUCACUCUUUUAUGAUUAUGUUAGGAUUUUGAAGACUGUUAGAAGCAUAAUGCGUAAUUGA